CCUUGUCGGGCUCUCAGGGCCAGUACGCGUCUGACCACGCCGCUGAGAGUAUCUUACUGUUAGUUACACGCGCAGUCUCGUCAGGCUAGAAGCCGGUUCUCUGCGAUACAUAGCGAGAUGCCGAAGUGUCCAAAGUGCGACAAGCCUGUGUACUUCGCCGAGAGGAAGACAUCCUUAGGCAAAGAUUGGCAUGGUUCGUGUUUACGCUGCGAGAAAUGCAAUAAGACCUUAACACCCGGGGGUCAUGCCGAGCACGAAGGGAAACCCUACUGCAAUCACCCUUGCUAUUCAGCCCUGUUCGGUCCAGGAGGUUUCGGACGUGGCGGUGCUGAAAGUUAUGUUUACAAUAAAUAAAACAUAAAUGUAAAAGCAGUAACGUCUACUUCACUAAGCAAUUGUACAAUUUUGAAUACGAAGAGCAGUUGGACACUGAAAUAUAAAAUAACAAUCAUCUUGGUUAUUUAUAUGUAUACGUAAAUAUCUCUAUUUUCUACAAGAUAUUUCAGAAAUACGUAUGUUAUUAAAUAUAUUAAUGAUUACUAUAUGUAUAAACAGAAAAUUUUAUUUUAUCUAUGUAUAUGAUGAAUCUUUACCCAUGCACCUGAUUGAUUUAUAUAAAUUAUAUAGAAUAUAGCAAAUAUACAGAAUGGAGAUAAAACAGAUUGCAAUGCAUAUAUAUAUAUAUAUAUGUGUGUGUGUGUGUGUGUGUGUGUGUGUGUGUAUGUACAUCAUGUAUGUGCUCUCUCUGCAUAUGAUACAGCAUAAUGCCGAUAAGGGAGAGAUGCACGUUCACGACUACAGAUGUGUUGCCGUCUCAGUUACAAUUAAAGGCACUGAGAAAUAAAUAUUUUAAUGUAAAAACAUAUGCGAUAUAUAAAUAUGUAUAUCUAUA